AAUAUUUUGAGAUAACAGAACAUCUGCGUCCAAACACGAAUCUGUAUAUCUGUAUCCGGGGAUUGGAUGAUUAGCAAAUAAUAAAGAAUACUUGAAUUUUACUAAAACUUUAAUACAAAGACAUCCCACAACAAGCGCCUUAUUUAGUUGUUACACAUUGAAUUAUCUGUUCUCUGUUUAUUUAUUUUUUUACCAAUGUUUGAAUUAGAUAUAUAAGGUUAUCUUAAAAAUAGUUCCAGUUUCACGGAUUCUUUUCCUUACCGAGCAUUCCUUACUCCACUCAAGGAAAAUAUUGAAAACUCCAAGAGACAGAGCAGGGACAACAACUUUUUUGGAUAAAAACUCUAUUCCAGAAUGUUCCAUAAAAGGAAGGGGACAUAAAAGGUUGACCCCAAGUUAUCUUGCACUCCAAAACAAUUCCCCCAACCUACUCCAAUGACGACACAAAAACAAACAAGACCGAAUAGCCAUGUUGCUAGUGGGGGCCCCUUAUCGGCUUGAGUCCAACUACCUUCCCUGAAGAUCGAUCCAUUCAUGGUAUCAGUCCACCGACUGUGUCACCCCAUCGUACGAUAGUUCCGAGGGACAAAGAUCGACUAACAGGUUCUCUUCAUGAGCUCACUUUCUGUUCCUGAUUUAUUGUACCUGCCAUCAUGAUAGACAGAAUGAAGGACUGUUUAUUUGUAGCGAUUUUUAUAUUGUGUCUGAGAGGCACUUUUACACAGACUACGGGUCGAUGUUCUAUGUACGGAGAAUGUCAGGAGGGACCCACAGGGAACCUGAACUGUGUGUACGAUGGGCCACCCAAACCCAUGAAUGAGAGCGAGGGCUUGGAAAUACUCCGGACCUACUGCCCUAAUAUAGUCACUAGUGACCAGCCACUGACUUGCUGCGAUCUCGCUCAGUUAAGGUCUUUUAAGAAGAACAUGGGCGUACCCCAGCAACUGCUGCUUCGAUGUCCGUCGUGUUACUACAACUUCCUCUAUCUCUUCUGCUAUUUCACCUGUGAUCCCAUGCAGGCGGAUUUCCUCAAAGUGUCGAUGAAAAUGCCUAACAUCGCGAAUCCUUCUGAUCCUAGAGAAGUCGUCUAUUCGGUGGACUACCACGUGAGCGAGACUUAUGCCUACGGAAUGUACAAUUCCUGCAAAGACGUCCAAAUGCCAAGCACGAACGCGAAAGCCCUGGAUAUCAUCUGUGGAAAGCCGGCGGCGGACUGUUCCGCCCAGGACUGGUUGAACUACAUGGGAUCCACUUCCAACGGGCAGACGCCGUUCACCAUUAACUACCAUAUCGACAAUACAUCCACAGUGGACAUCCAUCCCAUGAAUCACAGCGUGACUCCAUGUGACCAGAAAUACGGAAACCUGUCGGCCUGUAGUUGUCAGGACUGUCAAUCCACGUGCGCGCCCCUCCCCCCGCCGCCCUCACCCAGAGAACCGUGUACCGUGCUGGGAAUGGACUGCUGGUUCUUUGCCAUGCUCAUCACUUUCAUCGCAUUCUGUGUCGUAUUCCUCAGUUUUAUUAUCGUCUCCAUGUUUUUCAAUCGAAACAGACCGGCAAAAACUGAAAACAAAUGGAGUCAAGACAAAAAAUAUAAAGACAGUUCCUCCCUUGAAGGGAAACAUAGAGGCACGGUCUUACAGAGAGGGGGGUUAUGGAUAGAAACGUCUCUGGAGAUGGUUUUCCGACGAUGGGGAACGUUUUGCGCCAAAAACCCCGUUAAGAUUAUCGUAGCCGGCCUCGUUUUGGGUGCCGUCUUCUCUGUUGGCAUAGUGAUGUUCGAAGUGACUACCAGUCCCGUCAAACUCUGGUCAGCCGAGAAUAGCAGAGCCAGGCAGGAGAAAAAUUACUUCGACUCUCAUUUUGGACCUUUCUACCGAACCCAGCAGUUGAUAAUCACAAGACCAGAAAAUGCCUCUGGGGUGCGGCACGAGGUCCCCGGUAUCAACUACGGCAUCUAUCGGAACUAUACCUCCAUAUUCGACAAAUCUUUCCUGCACAAAGUUCUGGAUCUACAGCUUACCAUACAGAAUCUUGAGGCAGACCACAAGGACAGCAAGGUGGCGCUAGAAGACAUCUGUUUCCAGCCCCUGGCCCCGGACAACACUGAUUGUACCAUACAGAGCAUACUGGAGUACUGGCAGAAUAACCACACACGGCUGGACAAGAUUAAGUAUGACGACUUUAGCGGGUUUUACGUGGAAGGGGACUACUUGGACCACUUCUCCGACUGUGCCAGGGCCCCUGCCUCGGUCUCUGACCAGCAUCACAUGGACCUGUCAUGUCUGGGGGCCAGUGGUCAGCCAAUCUUCCCCUGGAUAUCCCUGGGGGGAUUCACAGGAGAGAAGUACAACGAGUCUACAGCUCUCGUCAUCACCUUCGUUGUCAACAACCAUGUCGACGAAGCCCAGAACGAGAAGGCCCGCGCCUGGGAACUAGAGUUCCUCCGCUUCAUGAAGAACUUCUCCGACCCCGACAUGAUCAUAGCUUAUUCUGCUGAACGCUCCAUCGAAGACGAGAUACAGCGCGAGAGUGCAUCUGACGUGUGGACCAUCGUAAUCAGUUACAUCGUCAUGUUUGGGUACAUCAGUAUCACGCUGGGGCAAUUCGGGCGCUGCUCACGCUGUGUGGUCUCCUCCAAGACGAGCCUCGGCCUGUGUGGAGUCUGUAUCGUGCUGCUGUCCGUCUCCUCGUCCCUGGGUCUCUUCAGCUACUGUGGGAUAGCGGCCACUCUCAUCAUCAUUGAGGUCGUACCUUUCCUGGUUCUGGCUGUCGGUGUGGACAACAUCUUUAUUCUGGUCCAAGCUUUUCAGAGGGACGAAGGUCAUCCGGAUGAGGAAUUAGAGGACAGAAUCGGGAGACUUCUGGGAAAAGUAGGUCCCAGCAUGCUCCUGGCUAGCUGUUCAGAGUCACUGGCAUUCUUUCUGGGUGCAUUGACCGACAUGCCUGCUGUUAGAGUGUUCUCCCUUUAUUCUGCAAUGGCGGUGUUACUGGACUUUUUAUUUCAAGUGACGGUUUUUGUUGCAAUAAUGACUUUAGAUGCCAAACGCGAAGAGAGCAACAGACUAGACAUUUGCUGUUGUGUAAAACUGGAAAAAUCAAAGAAAAAUGAAGCCUCGGAGGGAAUCCUGUUCAAAAUAUUUAAGAACUUCUAUUCAGAGGCGUUGCUGUCUAAAUUUGUUCGACCAGUUGUGAUGGUCUUGUUUGUGGGGUAUUUGUGCUUCAGUGCCUCACAGAUACAUAAGAUAGAGAUUGGACUGGAUCAAAAGCUCUCUAUGCCAGAUGACUCGUACGUACUGAACUACUUCGGUAACCUGAGUGAGUACCUACACGUGGGAGCCCCCGUCUACUUCGUGGUCGAAGAUGGACUGGACUACACCACCAAAGUAGGUCAGGAUGUGGUGUGUGGGGGGACAGGGUGUCCGGAAGAUUCUGUGGUGGGCCAGAUCAGCACAGCGGCCAAACAAGCCAAUUACACCUACAUUGCCCACCCCACGUCUGCCUGGAUAGACGACUAUUUUGAUUGGCUGAGGCCGGGUGGGGACCCCCCGUGUUGUCGCGUUAACAAUCAGGCGGGGAACUUCUGCGCAGCCACCGUGGUCAAUGCCAGCUGUGCCUCGUGUCCUGUUCACAAGACUGCCGACGGCCGGCCUGUCUUACAGGACUUCAUGAAGUUCCUUCCCUGGUACCUUAAGGACAAUCCGGGAAUCAAAUGUGCCAAAGGAGGUCAUGCAGCAUACGGAAGCGCUGUUAACCUAAAAAACAACAACAAAGCUGUGGGAGCCACGUAUUUUAUGACAUACCACUCCAUAAUGAAGGACAAUAAGGAUUACAUCACGGGACUGAAGGAAGCCAGGAAGGUGGCAGCCAACAUGACCAACAUGUUAAGAUUGAAGACCGGCGGAAACUCCACCAAAGUGUUCCCUUACAGUGUGUUCUAUGUGUUCUAUGAACAAUACCUCACCAUUGUGGAAGAUACUAUAAAAAACUUGAGCAUAUGCAUCGCCGCCAUAUUUGUUGUGACGUUUGUACUCUUGGGAUUUGACAUCAUUUCCGCUUUCCUGGUGGUGCUCACAAUAACUAUGAUCGUGAUAGACAUUUUAGGAUUCAUGGCUUUGUGGGAUAUUUCUAUCAACGCGGUCACCCUAGUCAAUCUUGUGAUGGCUGUAGGAAUAUCCGUAGAAUUUUGCGCACACAUCACGCGGGCCUUUGCUGUCAGCCAUCAAACUACAAGAGUCAAGAGAGCAAAGGACGCCGUAGCUCAUAUGGGGAGCUCAGUGUUGAGUGGCAUCACGUUGACAAAGUUAGGAGGAAUCAUCGUCCUGGCCUUUGCCAAGUCCCAGCUGUUCCAGGUCUUCUACUUCCGGAUGUACCUGGCCAUAGUUGUGUACGGGGCCACCCACGGGUUGAUUUUUCUACCAGUUCUAUUAAGUUAUAUUGGUCCCCCAGUGAACAAAGUGAAACUAGACUUUAUAGAAUCCUCAGAAGAAGGAAACGUCCAUGAACAGCGUCCCCACUCAAACGGACGCACAAAUUUUGCAUUCACUGAUAUUGACAUAAAAUGCACCAAUUUUAAACAGUUAGACAAUUCUCAUCUGUGAUAAUCAAACUCACAUCCUACAACGAAUCGCCUGAAAAUUGCUAGAUCAGCGAAAUGAACAGUAAUGCUUUCUCCCACCUCUGAACUUGUGCAUGAAACGACGAUUUUGACCGUCAUGAUUAACUUGGUGCAAUGUUACCCACACUGAUGCAGAUAUUGAUGGCCGCUGUGCAUGGCUAUACCCUGUCCAUUUGCCGCUUGUUAAACCUCAAACAAUGCAUAAUACGGUAAUUAAAGCGCAUACAGAAGGUCAUUGAAGUCAUACAGACUGUAUGCCUUUAUACUAGUAUAUGAAAUUUUUUUGUCCGUAUGUCUCUGUGUGUGUGUUUAUUUAUUGCAUGUGAGUAUUUUGCGUAUUUCGUAUGCUAAAGUUUCCCCUAUUUUAUGAGUGGUUGAUCAAGUUAUGACAUCUUUGAUGUAAAGUUUACUCUAUAUCAGAUGACAUGUAACGUUAAAUUGAUGAAAAAGCGUUAUGUUGAAUAAAUGAAUAAAUUAAAGAAAUGUAAGGUUGUUCUGAUUAAAAGAAUAGUUUGUGAUAUUGUUUAUUUUUUGUCUCAAAUUACUGGUCGAAUUCUGAAGUUCGUUGUUGUUAUAAGCAUUCAUAUUGCUUUCAUUUGUUACACUGUAUAAAUAAAUGUUUCAAUGAAAUAAAAUUGAAAUUGAA